AAGAAGAACUUCCGGGCGUGAAUACUUGUGCAGCGGAGUAAUAAUAUCGUUUGUGUUUAGAUGUCCUUCAUUCAAACAUCUACAAAGCGACUCUAAGCAACAAUGGACAAGAUAAGGUCGCAGUUUCAGAGGAUGAUGAACAGUGAGCGGUACAGCAGGUUCACGCUGCAGCCGUCGGAGAACGGCGAGAGGCACUCCGAGGUCAACCUGUCUGACUACGCUGCAGACGGCGACACGGCGGCAGAGGCGCCCGGGUCGCCGAGCUUCAGGCCGGCACCGCUGCAUCACAGCAGGCGGACCGUGGCGUUCAUAAUCCUGGGAACCCUGAUGGUGUUUCUUGGCGGCUACCUGGUUGGUUUCAUCAGUCAUCAUAAACCUAAGGUUGAGUCUGACUGCGAACCGAGUUCAAGGGAUAAAAUCAGCGGGAUGGAUCCAGGAAAACCUUCAACUCCGUCCUGGAAGAACGUUUCUGAACUCCUAACGAGCAAACUCAGCAGCGAAGCUUUCAAAAAGACGCUUAAGGAUUUUGAUGUGAAGAGUCGCUCGGCAGGAAGUGAGGAAGACAUGAGUCUGGCGAACAGGAUCUUCGACACCUUCAAGACGUUGGGGAUGACGCCGUGGACAGACAUCCAUUACGUUCAGCUUCAGACGCCCGACAACCAGAAACCCAACACUAUUUACUUUGGUUCAGACGUCAUCAAGCCUGCGGGAUAUUUGGCCUACAGCAAACCGGGCAAAGUUGAGGGCCGGCUGGUGUACGGGAACUACGGCCGUCAGAAGGAUCUGGACUUUGUUCAGGGGAAAGUUGACCUGAAAGGCGCCGUCCUGCUGCUGCGAGCUGGAAAAAUCACUUUUGCACAACAGGUGGACAACGCCGCCAAGAUGGGAGCCUCUGCUGUUCUGAUCUACCUUGAUACUGAAGAUUACAAGCUGGCUACAGACACUGAACUCUACGGACACGUCCAUCUUGGUUCUGGUGACCCCUACACCCCUGGAUUCCCGUCCUUCAACCAUACCCUGUUUGCCCCAACGGAGUCAGCUGGCCUCCCAAAGAUCCCGGCCCAGACCAUCACUGCCAGCUCAGCUGCAACUCUUCUAAUGAAAAUUGGUGGCCCUGAAGUAGAUGCAAACAGUGACUUCAAAGGUGAGCUAAAGUCUGUGGUUUACAAGCUGGGUGGCAGCCAGAACGUCACUGUGGAGGUGAACAACGUGUUGGUCAAUAAGGAGAUCCACAAUGUGUUUGGCGUUAUCAAAGGAUUUACUGAUCCUGAUCGUUAUGUUGUGCUGGGAGCACAGAGGGAUGCCUGGGGCAGAGGUUACACCAUGGCCACUGUUGGCACCUCGGUGCUGAUCGAACUGGCCAAGGCCUUCCAAGAGAUGGUGAAAAAAGAUGAGUUCAGACCAAGAAGAAGCAUAAUAUUUGCAAGCUGGAGCGCUGGAGAGUUUGGAAACAUUGGCGCCACCGAGUGGCUGGAGGGUUACAUGUCCUCUCUUGACCGAAGUGUCUUCACAUACAUCAACCUGGAUGGAGUAGUCAUGGGUCAAGAAAGAUUCAUCGCCUCUGCAAGUCCGCUGCUGUACAGCCUUAUUGAGAGCACGAUGAAGGAGGUGAACAUGCCUAGAACAUCUGUCUCAAUUUACCAGGCGAUGGGAGGAAAUAACUGGGAGUCCAGAGUACUGAGGACGAUGUCGAUGGAAGAUCCAGCUUAUCCUUUCCUGGCUUUUGCUGGAAUUCCCUCCAUGUGUUUCCACUUCACCCAAUCAGAUUCCGAGUCGUACCCUUACUACGGCACCGGCCUGGACAACAUGGACCACCUGAACUACCGAACGGGCCAACGCACCAGCAACGUCAUGGCCACGGCGGCGCAGUUCGCCGGCCUGAUGACGCUGCGUCUGGUCCAUGACCACCUGCUGGGUCUGGAUGUGAGCAGAUACUACGGCCCCAUCACCAAAGCUGUGGUCCAGGUCUACAAACGGGUCAACCAGCUCACUCAAUCCGGUCAGCUGAAGGACGUCAGUCCCAACUGGCUGAAUCGCGCCCGCGGCUCGUACAAGCGAGCGGCCGACGCCAUCGCCAACGACAUCGCCAACACGGACUUGACGGAUAAGGAAUCCUGUCGAAUCCUGAACGACAGAAUCAUGAAGGUUGAGCACUCCCUCCUUUCUCCGUACGUCUCCGUCGUCGAGGCCCCGUUCCGCCACCUGCUGCUGGGCUGCGGCCCCCACACCUUGGCGGCCAUCGCUGAAGCCGAGGAUCUGGAGAAGCUCCGCCUCCAUCUGGCUCUGGCCACCUGGAACCUGCAGGGAUGCGCCAACGCCAUGGCCGCCAACGUCUGGAACAUCGACGACGAAAUCUGAAGCAGGAAACAGGAAAUCUGUGUGUGAGUGUGUGUGAAGCUGCUUGAAGGUUAAUUAUAGUGCUCCAACGUUUAAAUACCUGAAGCACAAGCGAAUCACAAAAUCUAGAAAAAGAAACAACUGUGAACCUGAAACAAAUCGCCUCCUCAAAGCACUGAAACCUUAUUUAUACUUUUAGUUCUUGUUUGAUAUUUAUCAGUGGCAGUGCCCACUAUAUUUAUUGUUUGUCUUUUUAUACAGCAUUAUCGGAAGCAGUGCCUUCCAUAAUUAUGACGGUUAUACUGUCGAAAGCCACAGCAGCAUCUGCUACUACAAUGACUCCGUUACUGUUGCUGAAGAAAAGGUGCAUCGGAUAACGCUGGGAUUUCACUCUCCUGGCUCACACGUCUCCCGUUUGAACUCCAGAUGUUCAAUAUCUGCUGGGAGAAACAAAAUAUAGAAAAUCGCACCAAAUUUGCAAUUGUUUUUUCUGGAUUUGAGCAAUUCAGGGGUGUCCAAAGUCAAACUUGUCGACUCAAAAGUCCAAAAAAAAAACCCAACAAAAUAAAGUAGACCAAUUUUUAAAUUAUUUUAUUGCAUUUAUUGUAAUUUUGAAACUUGUAAAGGAUUUUCAUGACGACAUAAAAGGGCCGUCGUGAAGAAUGAAAAUAAAUAAAAGGCGCAGUAAAUCUCCACCAUAAACUUCAGAAAUGUGUUGAUUGAUAUCAGAAAUUCAACAUUUGAAACACAGAAAUUUUUAAGUUUUUGGUAGAAAAUUUUGUGAGAAUAAUCUCAAAAUUUCUGAAUUGUUUAGUGGAAAUUUACUCCUUCUUUUCUCCUGGAUGAUACCCUGACGUACUAUUGUAGAUUUUGGAUGUUUGCUGUUUUCAGUUUUGUCUAGACUUGAUUGAAUAAUUUUAUUUCCUGUAAUAAUGGUAGAAUUUAGGUCAUUUUCCUAGUUUAUUAAAAUAAUUAAAUCAAUUUAAGUGAAGAAAAAUUGAAUUUUCAAGAAAAAAUUUUUGGGUGUAAAAAGAUGAUCAUUUAUAUGAAAAUUAUAUUGGUAAAAAUUUUACCCUUAUUAAAAAUUAAAAAUCUCCAUCUCUGGGCCAAAUUUGUAUAAUUUUUUAAUUGCAGUUGGGGGCCACAAAAAUCACUCCAAGGGCCUCAAAUGGCCCCUAUCCCGCACUUUGGACACCCCUCCUCUAAUUACCUAAAGUCAAUAUUUGGUAAAAUGAUUCUGUGCAACCUUAAGGCUCAAAUUGGUUCCAUAAUUUGCUAAAAAGCCGUUUAUGUUGCACGGUCUGCGUUGGAGCACGUAUUAGGAUCAUGGCGUUAUCGGGAGCAGUGCCUUCCAUAAUUAAAAUCCAUUAUCGGGAGCAGAGUCUCCCAUAAUGCCGACCAGUGACGGUAGCUUUUGUCUACCAUUUUAUGUGUAUUUUUUGUGUUUGUGUGUAUUUAUCGGGAGCAGUGCCUCUCAUAUUUCACUUCAACGGUGGAACAGCUUAUCGGGGACAGUGUUUCCCAGAGUUUUAUACUUGAAAUAUUAAUUUGUUGGGUUUUUAUGUGUGUGUUAAAAACAAGCUUCUGGACCUAUGUAGUUUCUGUGCAGCUAUAUUUUCCUGUUUAGGUUUCUAAAGUGGUUUAACACUGGAUGAACUUUACUGGGAGAGGCGGGCAGUGGACCAGUCGACAAUUAGAAAUUUAUAGUUGUCAACAUUUGGUGCAUUUAGACUUGAGCAAUAAAUUAUAAUCUGAAUGUUUUCAAUAUCAGAUUGCAAACAUACGGCAGAAUAUUAGGGCUACGCUAAGAUAAAAUGUUAGAAAAUAAAUAAAACUGCAAGAAUAAAAUAUAAAAAUCUCUAGAAAAACUCAUUAUUACAAGAAUAAAAUCAGAAUAAUGUGAAAAUAAAGUCGUAAAAUUGUAAAAUUACUAGAACAAAUUUGUUUUAUUGUAAAGGUUUACAAUAAAAUUGUAAAAUUAGUCAUAAAUUGAGAACAUAGUUGAAAACUUAAGAGAAUAAAAUCAUAAAACGUAUAAAGUUGUGAAAUUAGGAUAAUAAAGUCUUAAAAUUACAAGAAUGAAAUUGUAAAAUUCUGAGAAUAAGUUGGUUUUAGACGGUUUAGCUACUUAACGCUCCUCAUCUUGAAAAGUUGUUUUUAACGAUUGCCCUCCUCUCCCUUCUAGAUAAUCAGCAGUUCAAGUCUUGUUUUAGAUUUACUGUAUGUUCUUAUCAUUAGUGUCUAAAAUACUGUAAGCCUCACUACCGCCAAAUAUAUUGCUGCGUAAAAGCAAUUCACAAGCUACAUAAGAAUUAUUCAAUGCAUGCAUUUGCCUCUCAUUAUACUGUAACCUAAACUUGUUUCAAAUCUUGCUAUCAUGAAUUCAUUUCCAUAAAUGUUCGAUCUGGUUGUUAAAUCUGUUUAAAUAAACAAAAGAAUGUCUCAAAAUACCGUUUUAAUUCAGUUACUGUGUCUAAACCUCUUCAAAUUGAUGGCAUGUAUAAUAUCAAAUAUGAAAUCUGUAAUGUGGUUUCUAAAUUCAGCAUAAAAAUUUAAUAAACUCUGGCGAAGCAUCACUUA